AUGAAGUCCCUCGCAGACCGCGUAUACACCGUGACUGGCGCAGCAUCAGGAAUCGGCCAGGCAGUUGCCCUACGCCUGGUGGAACUUGGUGCUGCAGGCCUGGCACUAAGUGAUGUGAAUAUGCAGAACCUAGAAAAGACAAAAUCACUGUGUGACGCCGUCGGCCAGGCAAAGGUCGUCCUCACCCGGGUCGAUGUUAGCGACAGCGUUCAGGUUGAGACUUGGAUUGCCGACACGAUUCGCGACUUUGGCCGCCUGGAUGGGUGCGCCAAUGUCGCAGGCAUUGCAGGAGGCGACGGGGAGACGACAUCCGCGACAAUUAAACAAGAGGACUGGGACAAGAUGUUGGCCGUCAACCUCAACGGCGUCAUGUACUGCAUGCGUUCGCAGCUACCUCACUUGCCGCGGCCAGGCGGUGCCAUUGUCAACGUGUCCAGUACUUCGGGCUUGAGGGGUCUACCGCACAAUGCAGCCUACGCAACGAGCAAGUUUGGCGUAAUUGGCCUUACCAAGUCAGCUGCGGGUGAGUUCGGCCGCGAGGGCAUCCGCAUCAACACUCUAUUACCGGGUCCCAUCGACACGCCUAUAUUCCGCGAUGGUGAGGCCAAAGGUCUAUUCAGCUCGGAAAUUACCAGUAACGCGACAUGUUUGGGACGGAUGGGGCAAGCUUAUGAGGUUGCCAAUGUCUUGUGCUUCAUGAUGACCGAUGACGCGUCGUACGUCACCGGAGCCCAUUGGACUGUUGAUGGGGGCUACAGCGCAUGCUGA